AAGUGUGUGACAGAGUGGAGCGGAGGAGUACAGCUGCUGCACCUCUCAGCGCGCCGGACAGCGGCUCUCCAGAGACCCGGGCGGCCGACCGACGGACACACCGACCUGUGGAGACAUUUAGUGGGAAGGCUGGAGUUCGUCAGGUCACCUCACACAGACUCCUCCGAUGUUGUAGGUGCUGAAGAUCUCAGUGGAUCGGGCUGCGGACGCCAUGUCCCACGGCCAGUCAGACAGCAGCAUGGGCGACCAGGCCCCUCUGAUUCUGGAGAGCUGCUUCUCCAACGAGCUCCAUAUAUCUGAGCCAGGUGAUGAAUGCUGCCAGUCACAAAGCUCCCCCAGUCCCCAAUGUGAAACCCCCCCGGAGGAUGAAGUAGACAGGAGGGUGGUGCCUCAGCAGGUGCGUCUGAGCACUGAGAGUCCUGCAGCGCGGAAGACCGGCACCCACCAGCUCAUCCCCAAGAGUUUAGCUGUGGCCACUCGGUCCAAGCACCGCCACCACACCACCGUGGUGACCUUCCCAGUGGGACUGGAGAACGCCAUCAGUGGGACUCGAAGCCGCCACUCAACCCAGGGGCCGGAUCUGUCCUGGGAGGAUUAUGACAGUGAUGGAGACGGCUUUGCUUUGAGGAGGAACCGCAGGAACAAGUCAUACAGAGCGGCUGUGACCAGCCUGGACAUUGAAGCCAUGGCAAGAGGCAAAGGGUCUGGAGCCACGCUGAAACCUGUCAGAGAGGAUAGAGCUCCCAGUCCAAGUCCAGCUCGAAGCCCCGGACGCAAGCGAACCCUGGGCAGAAAGAGGAACCAGAACCAUCGUGGGUCCUUCAAAGAUGCCACACCGCGCCUCUACCAGGAGAUCCGUGAGCGAGGGCUGCACUCCACCAACCAGGACGAGCUCCUGGAUGACUUUGUGGUGGUGGAACCUCCUGUGGAGGACCAGGGCAUCAUAGUGAAGAGCUAUCGACCUGCACAUCUCACCUGGAGCCAGCUGCCACAGGUGAAGGAGACAGAUAUACUGAAGAAAAUCACGCCUCAGGAGAGAAAGAGACAAGAGGCCAUUUUUGAGAUCAUCACGUCAGAGCAUUCGUACCUGCACAGUCUGGGCAUCCUGGUUCGUCAUUUCAAGAGCAAUGAAGCACUGAGGAAGACGAUGACGGCCACAGAGCACCAUCACCUCUUCUCCAACAUUUCUGUCAUCCACCAAGUCAGCAAACGGUUUUUUGAGGACCUUGAACGGCGUCACUAUGACAACCCAGUGAUCCGGGACAUUAGCGAUAUUGUUCAGAACCACGCCACCCACCACUUUGAGCCCUACAUCGUGUACUGCUCCAACGAGACCUUCCAACAGAGGACGCUACAGAAGCUGCUGAACAGCAACACUGCUUUUAAAGAAACUCUGAAGCAAAUUGAAGGGAGCAGUGAUUGCGGAGGCCUGCCCAUGAUCUCUUUCCUCAUCCUUCCCAUGCAACGAGUCACCAGACUGCCACUGCUCCUCGAUACAAUCUGCCAGAAAACUCCAGACAGGACAGCAGAGUACUUUGCUGCUGUUUGGGCUUUGCACGCCAUCAGCAAGUUGGUCACUAGCUGCAAUGAUGGAGCUAGGCGGAUGGAGAGGACAGAGCAGAUGUACACCAUCCAGAAACAGAUGGACUUCGGUAAAAUCAAGCCAUUUCCUUUGGUGUCAUCAUCGCGAUGGCUGAGGAAGCGCGGUGAGCUGGCUGUCUCUAGUGAAGAGCUCAGCAUCUGGAGGGCUUUCAGCCACAGGAGCUACUACUUGUUUCUCUUCAAUGACGUACUGAUCGUCACCAAGAAGAAGAGUGAGGAGAGCUUUGUGGUAAUGGACUACGCUACUCUGGAGAACGUGGAGGUGGAGGUCAUGGAGGAUUUAGAAGCACGGACGUCUCCGCCCGCCAAGAACAGUCACUAUCUUUCCUUCAGGCUGCUGAUGAGCAAGAACAGUGAGGGCAGAGCGGAGCAGAUCUCUCUGGUGGCUGAGUCCAGGGUGGACCGGGCGCGUUGGAUAAUCGCUCUUUCAGAACACAAGCAGACAGGUGUCGCCACUCCUACAGCUGGUCAGCCACAGUGUGAGGCCACCAAAGCCUACAUGCCAAAGGAGCCGGAUGACUUGGGACUGAAGCAGGCUGAGCUUGUAAUCGUUUUGCAGAAAGAGGAAGCCUGGUGCUAUGGUGAGAGAAUGAGAGAUGGAGAAAGAGGCUGGUUUCCUGCCAGCUGUGCCACAGAGAUCACCGACCCAACUGCCAUGGAGAACAACGUGCAGCGCAUGAAGCGUCUGCGCAAAGAGACUAAUGUUUGAGUGGAUAUACUCUCGUGGUGGACAAGAUAGCAGGAACAUCUUCCAGUAGAUUGGUCAUGCUCACAAUGUUCAGUUUGUGUUUACUGCAUUGUUCAUGAAUGAUACCAAGCAAAGGAAAAUUGUCCUGAAGUCCCUUAGCACCACACUGAAGGACGCUGACUGGGGUAGGUUCUUGGUUUGAAUCCAGACAGUGUGUUCAUGUUGCUUUCUGCUGUCAGUCUGUCCAAAUAAUUUUUAAAACAUGAAAGAAUCUUAAGAUGUAUUUGUUGCAGAGAUAUUGUAUAUUAAGGUGUUGUGUCAUCCUUUUAGAUGCAGCCAAUAAUGAAUGGACAUUUGCAAUAGCCAAAUUUAUUUGCAAACAGUGGGAAUUGUUCUACACUUGUACAGCAUAACCUCAGUUUAUUUGCUGCCGUGAAUGUAAAUUCAAAACCUUCUUGCUGAAGCAAAUGGACCUUGCAUGCCUAAAAUUUAAUUUAAACUCUAGGAGCUUCAAAACUCAAUUAUAUUGUCUACAUACAUUAUAGAAGAGAGGCUGCAUGAAAAACACAUUUUAGUAUAUUACCUACACAUGGCAUCAGUCUUGGUGUCAAAUAUGCUAUGUAGGACUUUUUAUUUCCUUCUGUCCUUUGGCUGCUGUGGCACACAAAUUUUUCGGUUUGGACAGUAAAGGAAUACCGAUUCAGAUUUGUAUCCGUGUUAUAGUGACCACAGAAUUAUCAGUUUUUGUAGAGUUUGAUAUACUGUGCCAUUGAUGAAUUUGGUUGAUUAACACUAAACGGCUUCAUAAAAGAUUACAUUUGUCUAAAAAUGUAUAUAUGAAAUGAAUACACCAACUUGUCUACUAUAAAGUUCCAAGAGUUGUGUCAAUGUUCAGAGGCCAUAUACAGUACUUGAAAAAUAAAAAGCCAACACUUGAGACAGUU